UCUCUCCUUUUUCCUUUUCUCUUUCUUCAUUUCCUCCUCUUAUUCUUCCAAUAAAAGAUGCUCUCUUUCACAGACUCAUGCUUUGCUUCUCUUCAAACAAAAUCUUCUCUCUUAUGAUAACCCGUAUUAUGAAAAUGAUUAUAUAUGUGUGGAUUGGCUUGGUUCCGACUAUUAUCCAAUUACGAUGAAUUGGAACACGAGUACUGACUGUUGUAAUUGGGAUGGUGUCACUUGUGACCACUUCACCAAUGACGUCAUCGCUCUCGACCUUAGUUGCGGCAUGCUACGAGGUACCAUCCACCCUAACUCCACCCUCUUCAACCUUCAUCACCUCCAAACACUCAACCUUGCUUUCAAUAAUCUUACCAAUUCUCAACUUCCACGUGAGAUUGGAAGGUUUUCUAAUAGUCUCACACAUAUCAACAUCUCUCAUACUGGGUUUAUCGGCCAAGUUCCUACGGAUAUCAUAAUUCUUCGUAAAUUGGUGUCUCUUGAUCUCUCUUGGAAUGAUUUGAAGCUUGAACCUCAUGUCUUCUACAAUCUCCUAUGUAGUUCUACUAGUUUGGAAGAGCUUUCGCUAGAUGGUGUUAAUAUCUCGUCAAUUUUACCCACCUAUGUUAAUCUCUCUUCUAUGAAAUCGCUCCAUCUUAGUGACACCGGUUUGCAAGGGAAAUUACCUGAUAACAUCUUCAAUCUUCCGUAUCUGGAAGAACUUGACUUGUCAAGUAACGAUGACCUCACUGGUCGAUUUCCCAAAAUUUACACAAGCACUAGCAACCCUCUCAAGUUGUUAGAUCUCUCAAACAUCAACUUAUCAGGAGUAAUACCCGACAUAAUUGGUCAUCUCAAGUCUUUGACUUACUUGGAUCUCUCAAACACCAACUUAUUAGGACAAAUACCUGACUCAAUCGGCCAUCUCCAGUCUUUAACUUACUUGGAUCUCUCAAGCACCAACUUAUCUGGAGAAAUACCCAUGUCUAUUGGCCAUCUCAAGUAUUUGAAAUACUUGAUUCUCUCAAACACCAACUUAUCAGGAGAAAUACCUGACACAAUCGGCCAUCUCAAGUCUUUGACUUAUUUGUCUCUCUCAAACACGAAAUUAGCAGGAGAAAUACCUGACUCAAUCGGCGAUCUCAAGUCUUUAUAUUACUUGGAUAUGCAUUCCAACCUAAUUCAAGGGCCAUUCCCUCCAUCAAUUUGCAACAUAAGUUAUCUGUCGUAUUUGGAUAUGUCUGAUAAUAGAUUUGAUGGAGAGAUUCCACAAUGCUUGGGUAAUAGCAGUUCGAAUCUACUGAUGGUAGACCUAGGAAACAAUAAUUUUCAUGGCAUCAUUCCAAAUACAUGGGAUGAUUGUGGUGUAUUACUGGGAUUGAUUUUGAAUGGAAAUUCAUUAGAAGGAGAGGUGCCGAGUGGGUUGUCUAAAUGUGAAUCCUUGAGAGUGCUUGAUUUGGGAAACAACCACUUAAAUGGUACAUUCCCUCAUUGGUCAGCUAAUCUUCAACAUCUCCAGGUUCUUGUUCUCAAAUCAAACAAGUUGCAUGGUCCCAUAGAAACCUCUUCAAUCAUUAAACACCCAUUUGCUAGUCUCGAAGUGCUCGACUUAUCUCAAAACAAAUUUGUAGGUCAUCUCCCUAGAAAAUAUUUUCAAAAUUUUGAUGCGAUGAAGAACAGGGUUAAGAAUGGCACAGAAAUGUUCAGUACUCAGGAAUAUUUGACAAUUGGCAAGUUCUACUCUGUCACUGUUGCAGUGAAAGGUUCAGAACUCUCAUUUCAAAAAAUUUCGGUUGACUACAACAUCGUUGAUCUAUCUAGCAACAUAUUUGAAGGAGAGAUUCCAGAAGUUAUUAGUAGUCUUAACUAUUUGAUAGUGCUCAACUUAUCCCGCAACAACCUCAACGGUCGAAUCCCAUAUGCUCUAGGAAAUCUCUUGAAGAUCGAGUCCUUAGACCUAUCAUGUAACCAGCUAAAAGGAGAGAUCCCUCAAAGUCUUACCCAUAUCACAAGUCUUGAAGUCUUAAAUGUCUCACGAAACCAUCUUGUGGGUCCCAUUCCUGACGGAACACAGUUCAAGACAUUUGAAGCAACCUCAUUCGAAGGGAAUCCGGGACUAUGUGGGUUUCCGCUGCCCAAGUGUGAACAUCGGAGUGCCCGACAGCUUGAAGUCGAUGGAGAGGAGGAAAGUGGAUUUACAUGGAAAGUGGUGAUGUUGGGAUAUGGAUGCGGAACCUUACUUGGAUUCGGGAUGGGAUAUAUGAUGUUGUCAACGGGAAGACCAAAGUGGUUCAAUUUAAUUGCUGAUGAAAUAGAGUAUAUGAUCCUGCGAAGGCGAAAGAAGAGAAGACAUGUUUAUAUCGGAAAAUGAAAUCAAUUCUUGAAUUAACUGGUAGCUAGAGAUGAAAUUGGGGUUGGUUUCAAUUAUGAAGUUGCAGAGCAUGAUUGUACAUGGUCUUAAAGUCGUGCUAUUUCUUUUGUUGCUUUCUAUAUCUUCACCUUUUUUCUCCUUCUGUUUGUAUACUUAAUUUGUGUUUUAGUUCUUGACUGAAGUCUUCACCUGACAUUAGAUGGUAACAUCUAUCUAAUUCCUAUUUUAAGUGACGUAUUUUUAGAAUCUUCAAUUUGGUGUUUGACAUGUAACA